CCUCCACCUCCCCCCUCCCCGGGAAGAGUCACUUGAAGCAAAUUCACUCGCAUUGAAAUCGGAGCAGGUAGGUGCCGGGAUACUUAAUCUUCCAAGAGGUGUUUUGCGGAGGAAAUAAAGAUUCUUUUAGGAGUUUUCUGCGGCAGAAGUGGCGCCGUUGGCUUAGAGGAAAAGUUAUUCAGUUCGGACUUUCUGCUUGUCUGAGGAGGAGGGGCUGUGGGGAGAAACUUUUGUCGCUUUAAAGAAAAUUUUAGGAGACCAUGUUGCCUUCAAGAGCUAUCCUCUUCAUCGGGUUGACUUUUGUCUUUGUGGGAACGAAAGAUCAUCAGUUUGGGGACGAUGAUCUUGUAAAUGCUGCAGGCGGUGCUGUUGAGCCUGAUGGGACCAAUUCUAAAGGCAAUGACAAGAAAGAUGUUCAAGGUGGUGGCAAUAGUACCCUUACUGGUAUUAUCACAGGUGUGCUGCUGGCUUUGGGCGGUGGAGUGUCCAGUUAUGUCCUUUAUCAAAAGAAGAAAUUGUGUUUCGCUUUGACGGGGAACUCGGCUGAUCAGAGCACUAAGCAGGAGAAUGUUCAUGGCCAGCGAGAGGACCCCCAAUCUUACAGUACUCUUUUGAAAGAACAGCCAGCUGGGAAUAACUAGAAGGUAGCAGAGGGGGGAAAAAAACUGGAAGCCAACGUUCGUCCGACCAGAAACUACCGUGUUCCUUCAGAUUUGUUUCUUGUGCACUCUUAUCUAUAGUGUUCAGAUUUGUUUUUGAUUUUUAAUUGUUUUUCUAAUGGCCCUGGAUUUCGAAAUGUGGAUUUACCUUCACCUUCGCUUUCGAAUGAGAAACCUGACCUAAACUUUCUGGAGAAGUUACAAAAGUUUCCUUUUAUACAGAACCAGAGGGAAAUUUAGAGAGUAUCGCAGGCACCACCUUCCCUCUAACAGCUGUAAAUUAGUUAAACUGGCUUGAGCUUUUUCUAGAAAUGUUAAAUUGUGAAUAUAACUGCUUAUUUUUUUUUAAAUGCUUCACUGUGCUGAAAAUAUGCAUAAGAUUGAGGAGCAAAUAAUGACUUGAUUUUAAAAAUAAAACAUGUUGAGCAAGCCUAAAGUAUGCACAGUGGAGUUGUGGAUUAUAGAAGUUUUAGACCUUGGAAUAGUUAUAGGUAAGGUUUAGUUUUAAGUAGUUUUAUGACUUGCACAAAAAAAACCUGGUGUUUUUACUGAGUUAUCAUUGCUGAUAAAUGUCAUUCAGAAAGUUUGUAUAGUGUUUCUGUAAGACUUGCAGUGCUGUGCAUUUUAUGCUCUGGUAAUUGAAUAGAAACUUGUUGGAGGAUUUUUUAAAAAAUAAUUAUUUUUGUUCUCCUGCUGCCCCCUCUCGGUAGAUUUUUCUUAUUGACUUGGAGAGGGAGGUGCUGAUUGGAGGGAGGGAAGUUUGUGUGUGUGUAGAGGAAUCACCAUUAAGUGAAUUGCUAGCGUGGGAAGUAUGUAAUGGAUGUCUGUACAGAUUUUAAGUUCCAUUUCUUUCUUUUCCUACCCCAUAACCUCCAUUCCUGACCUGCAGAAUUCAAAUUUCAAACGGUAAUUCAGAAAAUGUUAACUCCAUUAAAUUAAAUCUGUGUGUCAGCAGACUUUAUUUUGCACAGAGUUGAUAUAGUUGUGUGAUGCCCUCCCAAGUAACAGCAUAUACUGAGUUUCAAAAUAAAGGUGACAAAAUGCUAUUUUUAUUUCAACCUGCGGUUACAGAAGGGAGGGUGUGUGUUUUUCAUAUUAUGGUAAGUAUCAAUUGCUUGAUCUUUAAAUUUGGAAUACACAAAAAUUUCAAUUCCAAUCCUAACUCAUUCAGAACUUUCAAGAUCCCAGGGCAGUGCGCCCCCUCGACAGCUUGUGGUGCUGCAGGUAGCCAUAUAUAAUUUUUAGGCUAGCUUUGAAUUUUGGUGCUGUUUUUCGCUCCAUUAUUGGUGUCAGUCAUGUUCAGCUAAUUGCGAGGAAGCUGCAUUGGUUUGGGGGGUGGGGGUGGAUGUGAUGUCUCUUUGGCAUCAAGAUGGUUCACGAUGACAUGGGUGUCAAUGGAACUUGGUAACCCACUCAAUCAAUCCUCUGGCAGAUUCUGGCUGUGAUACGCCAGGGUUUUGGUCACUAAAUAGAAAUUGGGUUGGUGGUGGACCUGACCCCCAGCAUUAACACCCUGCCUGCCAUCCAUUGCUUUGACUUUUGUAGCUACGACUGCAUGCUCUGUGAAGCCUAGGAGAGCACUCUGCUGGUCGGCUGUGGUUUCAGGCCAUUACGUUCCAAAGGGCAUCCCUAUUAACAACUGGGUGUCACAAAACUCUUGAAUCCAGACUCUCCCGAGAUUCUUCACUUCAUCGAGAAAAUUGAAACCGUCAUCUGGAAUUUCUUGGCUUGGAGACUCUCAAAAGCAUGAUGGCAGCAUGUGAAAUAACCAGAUAAUUCCAAGAAAUCUUUAGAUCUUGUACAGUCCCUUAAAGUCCAAGGAAAGCCCAUGUAGAAAGAUCACAGAAGCUGAAAUACCAUACAGCCCUUACUGGUGGAAAUAUUGCUCUGUACUCUUGGUUUUCACUAGAAAAAGUGUAGGAUCUUUUCCCCCAGUGAUUGCCUCACUUAAAAAGAAUUAAACUCAAUCUCAUUAAAAAUACAAAAUUGACAAAAUAUGUAUUUUUAAAAAUGGAGCAGUCUCAUUUGAACGGAAGCUUGUUCCUUCAACUCACUAUGAUUGGAUGAGAGAGUUGGUGGGUGGGGUUGUUGAGGGAGGAACAAGAUUAGGAGAGACUGUUUUGCAUUGCUUUACAUCAAAUAUGGAACUGUAAUAAUAAAACAAAUGUUACUAUUUGCAUAUGUGUAACUUUGCUAAAAUGUGUGAUUAAACAACUCACUGUUUGUGAACCAAA